AUGGCGGCUCCAGGUGAAGUGGUGCUCGACAGGUAUGACCUACCUGGCCCUCCGCUCUGGCAUGAGCGCAUCAUUUUGGCAGUGGCCCCGCAGCCAGGAUGCUUCGCGGUGCUCACGCCUGAUGAGGACAUCUUCGUGGAGCAUGUUCGGGUCGACCUCGCGGAGUUCAGGAGGUCCCUUGGCUUGGGCGGCGCGCCCGAAGGGAUUGCCGCUAUUCAGAUCUACCGAUGCCCAGCGGUCCCGACGCCAGAGGAGAUGAUGCAAGGCGUGAGGGACGGAGCUCUUCAGGCGGGCGUGCCGCUGCCAGCAGCCCCUGUGGUGCCUGUGGUGGGUUGCGUGGCGGCGGGCGCGGCUCCCGCCAAGGCGGCCACUGCAGUUGGAGCGCACCUUGGGCCUGCGCCCGCGCCGCAGCCCGCGUUAGCUGCUGCUGUUCUUCCUGGCGUGGCGGCGGCGGUUGCUGUCCUUCCUGGGCCUGGUUUGCCCCUGGCAGUUGGGGCGCUGGGCGGCCUGGCUCCACAUGUGUGGGUCGCGGCGGAGGACAUCCUGGAUAUCGCCAAGGGGACGCAGAUCACGGCGCUCCCGCCUGAUGCUCUGGUUGCUGGGGAUCGCGGCGUCAUGCCGUGGGGAGCAGGGUAUUUACUCGUUCGUCGUAUGCCAGAGGCGGAUGUGUGUUUUGUGCAUGACGGCUUGAGGGUGCUCCCAGUUACCCUAGACGCCCCGGGAGAAAGGAAUAUUAGUUUCGCCGAGGCUGUCUCGGCCAUGGGCCCCACCCCGCCGCGCGGCUGUGCCGGUUUGGAUGGCCCAGCGAUCACCGAUUGGCAGUUGAAGCAGAUUCGUGACGACGACUCGAAUCCAAACCAUCAUCAUGAGAGGUGGGUGCGUUUGGGUCGAAUUCCAGAAGGCGAUCGGUCAGUGCAUGAACACCAAGUACUGUGCAGGAUCGUGGACGCGGCUGUGACUUACGACCAGCUAAAUCUUCCCUCCAUGGAGUGGGCAGAGAUUGUGUGCCGCCGUAUGAGUUUGAUGAAAGAAGCUCACCGAGCAGCAACAUCUAAUCCCGAUUGCUCUGCUGGGGAUGUGUUCAUGGGGUGGGGUUCGCAGGCGGCUGGCGGAGGCACCAAUCCCGCGCUGGCGCAGCACGCGGCUGGGCAGUUGAAGGACCAGGCUGCGAUCGCGAAGGAGAGCAGAAAAGCCCCCCCGCCCCGCCCCCCGAGGGAAUUGGCCGACCCACGGGAGGGCACCGUGGCCCAGGCACUGGCCCGCAUGCUCUUCUACCUCGGCAUCAGCCUCGCCCUGCGGAGGUCCUCGGACCUCAUCGUGCUCAUCGCGUCGGCCAGGCGGUGGCGG